AAAGACCCCCCCAACCUGGAACCUCCCAGUGACAAUUCCGUCCAGGUGCUCAAUAACCUCAAUCAUUCAACGCCAAAUCUUGAUUGCCAAAAGUACAAGCCGACGACCACCUUGAUACUUCAAGCAUACGUUUCCUCGAAACACCGAAUACAGCGCCUUCGUUCUCGAACAGCUCAGCCAGUACCACCACCAACACUCGAGCGCAACAACCGUAGCUUGGAAGGCUCAGCAGGACUCAAGCCCACAAGAACCCCAACGUCGAAGGCGCCGCAAACAAGACAAGAAUCUCCAAGAGGCUCACACUGCCGGCCAAACGAAUCGGCAAUCUGGAUCAAAUUCCCUCCCGGUAGCGAGUGCAUCAAUCCGAAUACCGUCUUUCUUGUCCAGAACGCCAGGUCAGCCAGCCAGCGGCGCGCACGCUCCCAUCACCAGAUGACAAAACCAACAAACAAUACGCACAAGUGAACAAGUGAACGAACGAACGAACGAACCAACCAACCCUCAACUUCAAAUAAUGUCGGACCAACACCACGCCCCUACCUCGCGCUCCAAGCCGCCCCCUCCCGGCGAGGAGGAAGCUUCGGCGGUGUUGAAGCUGGGCGAGUUUCAGGACGUGGACACGCUCACCCUCUCAGAGGCUUCCCUCGUCAUCAACGCGCUCAUGACCAAGCGCCGCAAGGACCGCAAGGACCGCAACGAGACGGACGUGCUGAACAAGACGCUCGACUACCUGGACGCGUUCGCGCGGUUUAAGCAGAAGGAGAACGUCGAGGCCGUGGAGAGAUUGUUGAGCGCGCGUAAGGAGCUGACCAAGUUCGAGAGGGCGCAGAUUGGAUCACUCUGUUGCGAUAGUGCCGACGAGUGCAAGACGCUGAUCCCCUCCCUGGCGGACAAGAUCACCGAUGAUGAGCUACAAGAAUUGCUGGACGAGAUGGCCAAGCUCAUGAGCACCUAGGAGGGCACACCUGAGAGAGUCAUUUUGUAGGACAGCAACUGGUAAUGAGGUUGGGUUGCUUCUUUUGUUCCUCUCCUCUGUUUCUAUUUGCUAAGAUUUUUCUUUACGACACACUGCAUAACUUGCUCGCCUGGGAGAUGACCGAACAGUGUGGGAGACCGGUGAUUUCUUUUACAAAAGAAAAAUAAAAGACUACGGGGCCACCAAGCUGGAUCAUGGUUGUCAGGACUGGUUACGGAAGGGGGGAAAAUGCAUGGUUUGGCGUCUAAGGGCCGCUUUUUGAUCAAUAGACCAUCUAUCAUUUCUUGUUUACCACGGUAUUCCAGUCCUUCGCUCGGGUGAUCCCAUAGCAAUUGGUGCUUUUCCAGGCAAGAUGAGAGCCAGGACAAUAUCCUGGUGAGUCGGACGUCUCUUGUGUGGCAGGACGUUGUAGGCUCUCAUGAAACCCGUC